AUGGAGUCAUCUGAACAAGAAAGCCGGGUGUCGACCCCGCGGUCUUUUACUGGCCAGACUGUGUCCGCCGAGGACAUGCUCAAGUCGCAAACAGUCGGUCUUGUGCAUCUUUCCGACUUUCGAAAGCGACGCGCCGAAGUUUUAGAGCAAAAAGAGAAGGAAGCACACGACAAAUCACUUGGAAUAUUGUCUAAUGGCUCACGAGGUGCGACCCCCUCAGCAGGCGAAGCAACUGACGGAUCCUCCACACCGCGAAGCGAUGCGCCUCCCAAAAAGAAGAAGAAGAAGGCUCUAGCAAAAAGCAAACUUUCCUUUGGGGAUGAACAUGACGAAGGCGGCGAAGAAUCUGCUGGAACACCACACGAUUCGAGAGCUUCGCGAUCUGGUUCGAAGACACCCAUGGAGGAAGCCCUCACACCUCCCUCCGCUUUGACUGUUCCGCGAAUGAAGGCGAAUCCCAAUGCGCCACCUCCCCCAAAGGCGCUCACCAAAGCCGCACUAGACGCCGAGGCCAAAGCUCGGGAUGCUUUGCGCAAGGAAUUCCUGGCGAUGCAGGAGGCAGUCAAAAACACGGAGAUCGCAGUCCCAUUUGUCUUUUUCGAUGGUACAAGUACGCCCGCUGGAUCAGUGAAGAUGAGAAAGGGUGACCAUAUCUGGCUCUUUCUAGAUCGAUGUCGGAAGGUUGGGGCGGAGAUGGGAGUUGGUCGUACCAGCGGCACGUCCAAGGCGCGGAAAGAGUGGGCUCGGAUUAGCGUCGAUGACUUGAUGCUGGUUAAAGGUGAUGUGAUUGUACCUCAUCAUUACGAUUUCUAUUAUUUCAUCGCCAACCGGGUUCCCAGUUUUUCUCGCGCUGGUGGUCUGCUCUUCAACUACUCGGAUAAGCCCUUGCCAACUCAAACAGAUGACAAAAACCCACUUCAUCGCUCUAGUGAGCAGAAGUUGGAAGGUGCUGAUAACGACGCCAGUGAAACCAAAGUCGUAGACCGACGAUGUCACAUAUUCUGUCUUGAGUGUGCAAAUCGUCUCGGUCUUUCGCAUCCCACGACAAGUGGCCGCCGAUGCCCUGCCUGUCAAACAGUACUUUGCAAUCCGGACGAUGCGGUGUCCACCGUUUUGAAUCCUACCGAGGACUACAAGACAAGCGUGCUGAGUGGAAUGGAUCCCACAACGAUUAUGGAGUGUGCUGGUCGAGCAUUGGGCUUCUGGGCUUAUCAGAGCACCCAAGAGAUAUUUUACCAAGAAUACCUCGGAAAGAGUCUCACCGAAAAGUACGCCAGUCUCAGCACACAGAUGGACAAGGUUAUCCACAAUGCCAAUUCAGAGAUUUCGACGUUGCACAGCAAAGUGUCAGACAUGCAAGCACAACACGCACAACUUCAGAAGAAGAACCAAGAGCUCGUGGAUCUCUAUCGUGAGAAAACCAAAAAACUUGCACAAAUGACAAAUCUCUACAAUUUGCUCAAAGCCCGAGCCAUGAAAUCGCGUAUGGAAACGGCCGCAUCAGAGAACGCCUCUCAAACUUUGCACUGCAUGACUACCCAGAGUGGGCCAGUUAUGCCACCGCCUCAAUCAGCGCCCUUCAUGGCCAACAUUGGAAACUCACGUACUCCGAAUACCCCUUCAUACCCAUAUAGCCCGAGAGGGGUAGAGCGUCUACAUCGGGCCCAACGCAGCGGGACUGGAAGCUCGAAAUUCUCAAGGCCCCAGAAACCAAGCAAGGCAAUGGUGCCAGAUCUCCCAGGCCAUGCAGUUCUCAAUGUCCGAACAGCGCUAGCGGACAGUGCAAAGCAUCGGACUCGUCUCGCACAUUCAAAUCGUCCUCGAGCGGUUUCGUCGCAGCUGCCUCCGGAAGAAGAGAUUCUUGCACGAUUUGGAAAACCUUCAUAG